AAAUACAAACACACAUUCUGCACAUAAAGAGAUGAAAUGUGUACGUUUGUAACCGAAGAUUCAACAUUAUUAACAUUCUCUUUUGGAUGACCUGUGUGUCUGUGAUGUGAGGUGAAGAUCUUCAUUUCUCUCUCUCACUCCUGUGAGCCGGUUUGGACGAAAGCGUCUGUUUCAAUGCGAUGUGAAUGUGAAUGUGGGAGGUCAAAACUCCGCUGGGUGUUUCUCUAGAUCACUUUCAGACAGACAUCUGGGAAGAUUAAUGUCAAUGAUGGAACGCUUUGUGUUGUGUUUGCUCUUAUGGACACUGAACAAUCAUCAGGCGAUGUCGUUGGAAGAACGCACAGUAUUUCAGUCGCCCCGACAGGCCAACGCUGUUCUCUUGAGAUCCAGACGGGCCAACAUGUUUCUCGUGGAGGAGAUUCUUCAGGGCAAUCUGGAGCGCGAGUGUUUCGAGGAGAAAUGCAGUCGAGAAGAAGCCCGAGAAUGUUUCGAGGAUGAACAGAAAACUGAAGCGUUUUGGAACAAAUAUUACGAUGGAGAUCAGUGCACAUCACAACCAUGUAGAAACGGAGGCACGUGUACGGAUCUCAUCGGAGGAUACAGAUGUAAAUGUACUGAGAUGUACAGCGGCUUGAACUGUGACACAGAUGUUUCUCAGUGUCCGUCUGAAGGCCCUUCAGUCUGUGAGCAUUUCUGCAGACCAUCACAGGGUUCAUAUCACUGUUUCUGUGCGCGGGGAUACACACUUCACCCCAACAAGAGGAACUGUUUACCUCAGGUUCAGAACCCUUGUGGGAUCUUAGAGAGCUUCAACCAAACCAGUGACAUCAUAUUCUGUCCCGAUGGACGCUGUUCGUGGGAGGUGAAGUUUGUGAAGGCUGAUGGUGAUGUCAUCUGUCACGGCGUGAUCCUAGGACGGAAGUCUGUGUUGACAUCAGCCGUGUGUGCGCUCGCACUGAAGGAUAUCAACGUUACUGCCGUUGCAACAGGUGGUGAUUCUGUGGUGAAUCUGCGCGUGUCCAGCUGGACGCCUCAUAAGAGGUUCGUGUCCGGACCGCUGGAGGACAAUCUGGCCUUUCUGGAGCUGAAAGAGUCCAUUCCACAGGAGCUGCGAGGCGUCCCGCUGUGUCUGCCGGAGAAAGACUUCAGUGAGAAUAUUCUAAUGAGGAGCGGACGAGAGGGCGUGGUCAUGGGCGGGGCCGGACACUCUUAUCUCCCCCUGGAUGACUGCCGAGACUCUCUCAAUCUCACAUUCUUAAUGACCAACACCAUGUUCUGUAUGGAGAAGCAGAAGUCUAAAGUGAGAUCUAAACCUGAUGUGAAGUGUGAGGUGAAGUCUGGCAGUCCCGUCGCUACAGUGGAGGGAAAGACGGCGUUCCUGACCGGAAUCUCUCUGUCUGAUGGAGACUGUCAUCGUGGACUUGUGUUCACUAAAUUAUCUAGAUACCUGCACUGGAUCCGUCCGCUCCUGAACGCUGUCGAGAAUAAUCAAGCAUGAUCUCACAGCGACACGUGAUUGAAACACAACUCUGUGACAUCAUCAACCAACUGCCGUCAUGAACGGGUUAUGUCACAGUUUUACCCAAAUCAAAAAUCAAAUCUACAAUCACUAUGCUACAGCAAGUACACUUGAUUCCUUAUUUUGUAAUAGUAGGUUCACCUCGUACAUACUUUUUAUUCAGACAUACUACUGUGGGCAAGUAUGCAUACUUCAAAUUAGUUUUGAGAAUCCAUUUAUAGACUGCAGCUGCGCUGAUGGUGUCCAUCUGUUAUCAUGACUUCAUUAUGUUGACUGCAAUCAUGAACCUGAUAAUCUCAUAUUCGUAAAAGGUACCCACAAUGCAACACAAACCUUUUGGGCUUCAUUUUCCUUACACAAAAUAAAAUGUCUGAGUGUA